GCUAAUGGUGGCGCAGCGGACGCUUCUGCCGCGCUGUGACGCAGCCAGAGAGGCUGGGCCUUCCCCUCCUCCGCCGCCGGACGGUGACAGCCCCCGGAGAUAGCGAGUGCCGCUGGGGUUGUCGGUGGCGCCUGUCGCCUCGCUCGCCGCCAGGGACCCGGGGAGCAGUUGGCGUUGCGGCUGGCCAUGGUCUCCCGCCCGCCGCUGGAGGGGCAGGAGCAGAAGCGGCGGCCGCAGCCGCCAUUGCGAGCCGGGGCUGCGGGAGUAUGAAGGAUGGAAGCGGACGAGGUGACAAUUCGUGAGCAGAACUUCCACAGCCAAGUGCGGGAGUACACGAUCUGUUUUCUCCUAUUUGCUGUUCUCUACAUAGUUUCCUAUUUCGUAAUCACAAGAUACAAAAGGAAAGCAGAUGAGCAGGAGGAUGAAGAUGCCAUUGUCAACAGAAUUUCGCUGUUUUUGAGUACCUUCACUCUUGCAGUUUCAGCUGGUGCCGUCCUGCUUCUACCUUUUUCAAUAAUCAGCAAUGAGAUCCUGCUUUCUUUUCCACAAAACUACUAUAUUCAGUGGUUAAAUGGCUCUCUAAUUCAUGGUUUGUGGAAUCUUGCUUCCCUUUUUUCCAAUCUUUGUUUAUUUGUGUUGAUGCCCUUUGCCUUCUUCUUUCUGGAAUCAGAAGGAUUUGCUGGCUUAAAAAAGGGGAUCAGAGCACGUAUUUUGGAAACACUUGUUAUGCUUAUUCUUCUUGGGCUGCUUGUCCUUGGAAUAGUGUGGGUGGCUUCAGCUCUCAUUGACAAUGAUGCUACCAGUAUGGAGUCUUUGUAUGAUCUUUGGGAAUUCUACCUCCCUUAUUUAUAUUCCUGUAUAUCGUUGAUGGGAUGUUUAUUACUUCUCUUAUGCACGCCAGUGGGGCUGUCACGAAUGUUUACAGUGAUGGGUCAGUUGCUGGUGAAGCCAACAAUCCUUGAAGACCUGGAUGAACAGAUGUACAUCAUCACCUUAGAGGAAGAAGCAAUCCAGAGGAGGCUAAAUGGUGUGUCUUCUACUAUGGAGUACAAUACAGUGGAGCUGAGACAGGAACUUGAAAAUGUGAAGAGCAUGAAAACAAAAUUAGAGCGGCGGAAAAAAGCUUCUGCGUGGGAGAGGAAUUUAGUGUAUCCAGCUGUUAUGAUACUGCUGCUCAUUGAGACGUCCAUCUCAGUCCUCUUAGUUGCCUGCAACAUUCUUUGCCUGUUGAUUGAUGAGACUGCAAUGCCAAAGGGAUCAGGGGGGCCUGGAAUAGGAAGUGCCUCCCUAUCCACUUUUGGUUUUGUGGGAGCAGCACUUGAAAUCAUUUUGAUUUUCUAUCUUAUGGUAUCCUCUGUCGUCGGCUUCUAUAGUCUUCGCUUUUUUGGAAAUUUCACUCCCAGAAAGGAUGACACAACUAUGACAAAGAUAAUUGGAAACUGUGUGUCAAUCUUAGUGCUCAGCUCUGCUUUGCCAGUGAUGUCGAGAACACUGGGAAUUACCAGAUUUGAUCUGCUUGGAGACUUUGGAAGGUUUAACUGGCUGGGAAAUUUCUACAUUGUGUUAUCUUACAAUUUGCUGUUUGCUAUCAUGACAACUCUAUGUCUGGUCAGAAAGUUCACCUCUGCUGUGCGAGAAGAGCUCUUCAAAGCAUUAGGUUUAGAUAAACUUCAUCUGUCGAACAAUGCAAGAGACUCUGAGACAACAAAGCCUUCUGCAAAUGGGCAUCAGAAAACACUGUGAGAAGCAAUCAUCUUCAAUCAAUAGAGCUGAAAACUUCAACCUCAUGACAUUCCUGUCAUCUUCAUCAAAAUAUCUUUGUAUUAAUUUCAUUUGUUAAUUUUGGGUCCAACCUUCUCUCACUUUUCACACUGUGUAUUUCUGAGAAACCAAGCUACUUCCGAUUCUACAAUUUCUGAUUUGUUUUGGUCCAUUUUGUAUACUCCCCAGUCAGUUUAUGCAGGAGGUGCCUUGAAGACUGGAAGCUGAGAAAAAAUAAUGAAUUCCUGUUUGGACAGAAUCUCAUAUUUCUAGAUAUGAUGCCCUACUACCAUGUUAAGUGCACAAUACCUUCUCUGUGAUAUAAAUAUAAUGCUGGUGAACAACUCUGAGACUUGGAAAUAAAGGGUACAUUUGAAGCCCAAUAUAAUCCUAAUUAGGUAUGGUUAGGUGUAUAUAACAGCAAGUCACACUUCUUUUCUACUAAGAAUUCAUUAAAAAAUGGAAGUAAUUUGGAGAGAUCACUGUUACUUUCAUACAGGAUUCACUAGGCUGUAUGUAAUGUUUGGCAUCAUGAAGCACUCUUACAGACCCAGUAUUGUAGACUUUUUAUUCUUAGUUUUCAAUGACAGAAGGUAAUUUUCUUCAGUGGUAAUCAGAAGCUGUCUCAUCAAGACUAAUGAACCACAAGAUAAAUUCUAACGUACUUCACUGUUAAAUCUGAGCCCAGUAUGCUUUGUAGAAAGCUACGCAGGCCUUUUAUUGUUCUAAUUCACACAGUACUAUCACUUACAGAAAGUGUUACGCCAUAGAGGUCAGUUGCCCUUCAAAAUAUACACACAUCAAAUUCUGUUAAGAGUGAGUGUGUGUGUGUGUGCGCGCGCGUGUGUAUCAACACAAGUAGGACAGAUUUUGUCUAGUAGUCUGCGAUUGCACGGUUUCCUUAAAGGUUUUGUCAGUUAAAUCCUGAUGAUGAUGAUGCAGUAUAUUGUAGCUCAGUUGUGCAAGCCACUGUUUUUCACUAAUCUCUUCAGUCUUUAGUUUCUCUCAUAUAUAUGUGUGUAUAUACACACACACACAGAGGAAUGUUUGUUUAUAGCUCAGUGCAAGCCAUUAUUUUUCACUAAUCUCUUCAAGUCUUUAGUUUCUCCUAUAUGUUAUAUAGUACUAUCUAUCUGUAUAGAUAGUACUAUAUAGUGUGUGUGUGUGUGUGUGUGUGUGUAGUAUAUUAUAGUAUCCUAUAUAUGUUGAAUACUAAGCUUACAGAAAUGAUGCAGUCAGUUGGGUCAGCAAAACCUAUAGUUCAGUCUUUCUUAUGAGUAUGAAGCUUUCUGCAAUGUAACAUGAUUUAGCUGCUCUGAACCCUUAGACCCAGAAUGGCACUGAUGAAGAGAAAUUCAAUAUUUUCUUUAGCAUUGCUGUAGAAUCAGAAGUCCUGCAAGUAGUGUGUGACAAGCACAGGUUGC